UACGUAUGCGUAUCCGCCCGUGAGCCGCGGCCCCCAUCGCGUCUGCUCAGUCCCGAAAGCGCGAGCGAGGCCGAUGCGCACGCGGUACGUACACGGUACAACGGCGGUCGUCCCGGUGUGCGUCUUGUCUCUCUCCCGGGCGAAGCGAAGGGUGCGUGCCUAUGUCAUCUUGGAGUCCUGCAGCGCCACGCACCUGCUUCUCGUGUCCGCGCCCGCCCAUAGCCACUGGUCACUGGCCGCCGCUUCGCAGCCGUGAGCUUGAACCCGAAUAUCAUCAUACACCGCGAGCAGCAGCGCCCCGAAGCACGCCCUAUCCGUCCGCCUCUCGCCCUGCGCCCUGCGAAUACACAGAAGCACGCGGACGUCCACCGCUUUGACAGCCGAGGAUUGCCGGAGAACCCACCCACCCACACAGGCCCUGCGCGAUCACACCGCGCUGGGCUCCCAGCCCAGUGCUAAGGCCCGAAUGAAUAUGCAUAUGUACCCCACCCC